AUGGGGGGUGCAGAGCCUGGGGGUACUGAGUCUGGGGGUGCUGCACCUGGGGGUGCUGAGGCGUCUGGUGAGCAGUCUCCCUGGAGCGGCCGUCUCCGUAGUCGCUCCGCUGGUGCCUCGCCGCAGCACUCUCGCCGGCGCGUGCCUCUCUCCACACAGCAGCUGCGUGAGUGGUACGUUAGCCGUCAGGGUCGCGCUGCUGGAGCUGGGGGCCCUGCUGCGGGAGGCGCUGGCGUUGGAGGCACGGGAGCUAAUGACUCUGCUAUUGGAGGCGCUUCUGCUGACGUCACUGGAGCUGGGGGUGCCGGUUCUGGGGGUGCCGAAUCUGAGCGUGCUGAGGCUGGCGGUACUUUGCCUACUGGAGUUACUGGAGUCGCUGGUCCCGGAGGUGCUCGUACUGGAGGUACUGGAGCUGCUGGGGCUGGAGGUACAACUAGACCUGGAGGUGCUACUGUUGACCCUGGAGUUGGAGACCCUGGAGCUGGAGCUGUUGGUUCUGGGGGUGCUGCUGCUGGAGACACUGAGGCUGGAGACCCUGGGGCUGGAGGUGCCGGUUCUGGGGGUGCUGCUGCUGGUGGCGCUGGUACUGGAGGUGCUGGUGCUGGAGGUUCUGGAGCUGCUGGAGGCGCUGGUACUAGAGGUGCUGGUGUUGGAGGUUCUGGAGCUGCUGGAGGUGCUGGUGCUGGAGGCGCUGGAGCUGGAGGUUCUGGAGCUGCUGGAGGUGCUGGAGCUACUGGUUCUUAG